AUGCGCGAAGGAGCUGCUCCCGGCGGCCGCUCCUUCCAGGCAGGGUUCAGACCAAUUUAUAGCGGAUUAUGCUUCUGCCACUUCAUUAUUACUCUCAAUUCGUCGUCCCGGCGGACCCACCUGAGCCUGCACGUGGUGGAGCUCCCCGGGCAGCCCGUGCUGAGGGUGGGCGGCCAGCGCGCCACCGACGGGGUGCUGGGCCCGCUGCAGGAGGGGACCGCCCUGGACAUCACCUGCAGCGUCUCCGGAGGCGUCCCUCCGCCCAAGGUCGUCUGGAAGCGCCAGGAAAAGAUCCUGGACCCGACGGUGGAAUCCCGAUCGCUGACGCUCACCGUCAACCAGCUGAACAUCGCCCGCCUCACCCGCGCCUUCCACAACGUCCGCCUCACGUGCGUCGCGUCCAACAACAACGUCACCGCCCCCGUCGAGGCAUCCAUAACGGUCACCAUGAACCAAGCAGACCCACAUCCUCCCCCCGACCGACUGUCAGUCUCCAUUCCUGAUGAAGUAAGUUGCUUGCACUCGUCCAGUUGUCACUUGCUACUCCACGACGAUGAGUGCAUGUUCUCCGUCGAGUACAUUGUGCCUUUCCCCAGCUGUUGUGGCUACAUCUGUGUUGUGGUUGACGUCGCAAAGGAAGCCCCUUGCCGGAUGCUUUGCGCCCCUCUCGUGACCCGGCUGGAGGCGCCACCGAAGGGCCUGAGGGUCGGCAGGGAAUACGAAAUCUCGUGCAUCUCCGCCGGAUCCCGCCCGCACCCCAACAUCACGUGGACGCUCGGCAACGUAGCCUCGCUCACGCCCAUCACCGCUAUUACGGAGCACGGAGUAAACAUGAGCACCUCCCGAGUGCGCGUGACAGCCUCCCGACGGCAUCACGGCCAGCGCCUCACCUGCACCUCCCUCAACCCGCUGUUCCCCGCCUACCCCCUGAGCGACUCCAUCCUGCUUAACGUCACUUAUCCUCCCGUGGCCACGAUAGAGCUGGGCCGAGGCGUGUCGUCCGUGGUUAAGGAGGGCGAGGACAUCUACUUCAACUGCAACGUCGACUCCAACCCUCCGACUUACAAGAUAUCGUGGUACCACAAGGGACGGUCCCUUCUCCACGCCCCCGACCGCGGGCUGCUCCUCACUGGGAACAGCCUCGCCUUACGAAGUGUGACGCGGCACCAGGCGGGCCCCUACAUGUGCGCCGCCUCCAACGUCGAAGGAGACGCGCAGAGCCGCCCACUCAACCUCUCCGUUAAUUACUCCCCCGUGUGCUCCGACGACUCCAGCCCCUCCAGGGUGUACGCCACGGGGCUCGGCCAGUACAUCAACGUGACUUGCACCGUCAAGGCCUCCCCGAGCGUGGCCAAGUAUCUGUGGGCCUUCAACAAUUCCGUCACGACGGAGAGGAUACCUGGGGAUCAGGUCUUUAAAACGCCAGAGGGCGGCAGCGUCGUGAAGUUCAUCGCCCGCGCCCACCAGGACUACGGGACACUCCAGUGCUGGGCCCAGAACAGCGUCGGCCGCAUGGCGCAGCCCUGCCUCUUCCACGUCGUUCCCGCUGGGCGCCCAGACCCGCCCAUGGGGUGCUCGGUGGUCAACAAGACUUAUGACUCCCUCGCCGUGGGAUGCACGCCGGGCUUCGACGGCGGCCUCGAGCAGACCUUCCUCGCCAAGGUAUUCGAGGCCGUGACAGGGCGCAGCCAGGUCAACGUGUCCUCGCGCUGGCCCAACUUCACGCUGGAGGGACUGACGCCCGGCCUGGACUACAUCAUCCAGGUCAUGGCCAGGAACGCCCUCGGGAAUUCCGAUCCCGUCAGACUGGAGGCCUUCACCUACAAGAUGGCGGAGAACAGAAUGAGAGACGAGCAAGUGGAGGAGGAGCCCGGGGAGGAAGGGCCCGCAGCAGGAGUGCUACUGGGAAGCCUGGUGGUGGUCGUCGUGCUGGUCCUGGUGCUGGCGCUGCUGGUGCGCUGCCUGUGGGCGCGGCGCGGCCAAGAGGGACAUAGAGGCCGCGGGAAAAGCAGAGGCUACGCGCCGCCCGAGAAGCCCGGCGGGGGUCUCUCCGAUGAAGAGGAACUACAUUUUGAGGUUCCAACAAUAAGUCUGGAAGCUCACAGGGAUCCAAUAACACACAUAGCCGACCAAGCGUUGUGAAGACCGAGGCCUCGCGACAUCGAUCAUUCCAACCAGAAGCGCCGCUCACCCUUUCCAAGCUCUUUAUUAUGGGUUCCGAUGCCAUUAAGGGUUGAUCUGUUACCCGUCAUUUGUUUAUAGUUUCGUUUUCUUCGUUUUCCUUUUCACACUGAUUGUCAUUUGCUCAGACCUUCUAUAUGGUGAUGAUUUUUCUUCAUCAAUUUUUUGCUUUAUAUUUUUGGUAUUAGUAAAUUCGGUUAUUGUAGAUGAUGAAUGUGUUCUAAACAUUUUUUAUUGUGAUAACAUGCAUAUAUUUCAUACUGGAUGAAGCCCCUGGAAUUUCUAUUUUGAUUAAGUACAUUCAACCCCUAUAGACUGAAAAGCACACAGACACACACACACACACACACACACACACACACACACUCACACACACACACACACACACACACACACACACACACACACACACACACACACACACACACAAUCAGCCACAUCUUCCAACUCAUACAAAACUAACAUCCCACCAUUUUUGAAGCAGAAGGCACGUUCCCAAAGAAGAGAACACAAACAAUCACAAAUAUUUACACUCACAAGCGCAUAUACAGCAUGAAGGCGCAAUGAAUAUUAUAUUCAACGCUAACGCAAACACGCACACCUUCUCGGUCACACACUUUCUCUCGCUCAGUAUGUGUUUUUGACGCAAAAGAUCUUUCAGCUGAAGGAAGGGUAAGUGUAGGCCUACGUCAUUUCAGCCCACUGUCUGAAGGUCAUCUAACUUGUCAUAAUUGAUGUAUUGUAAUGUACUGUAAUCCCAUAUUUUCUGUACCGCUUAAGUAUAAUUUCAGUGGAUAUACCCAGAGAAGAAAAGAACGUGUUGAUGUUAUACUUUCCAAUCUUUUGGAUUUGUUUUUUUCUAUAUGUGGCUAGAACAUGAUUAAAUAUGUAUUUUGCUAUA